AGAUAUAGAGGGUCAAGGCCACUUUCCAAUGUUAGACACCGCCGGGGAUACAUUGGCCCAUCUGAUGGGCGACCAAUCUGCUUCAAGAUUCCAAGAACGUAGCCAAUCUAUGGAGGAUGAUCACGAGGUCGUUGAUAACGAAACGUAUUUGAUAGAAAUGGAAAUUGACAGGAACUGGCAAAUUCCUCGAGAAAAACUGGAGAUAACGGGAGAGAAACUUGGUGGAGGAGAGUUUGGUAUUGUAUACAAAGGUUUCUAUCUGAGGCGAGACGAUAGCAAAUUGCCAGUUGCUGUCAAGACUCUAAGAGACAGCAGCAAACAAGCGGAUCGACUGGCACUCAUCAGUGAAAUGGAGACGCUUAUCUGGGUUGGACGCCAUCCAAAUAUCGUCACCCUGGUCGGAGCGUGCACGUUUGAAGAACCGUUAUGCGUUGCUGUUGAGUUUGUACCUGGGGGAAGUCUUGAUAAGUUACUCCGCAAGAGUCGGGUUCAAAGAUGCAGAGAACAAGAGCAACCAUCGUAUGCUAACAUACGGUCCAGACUGACGGAAAGGCAAUUGCUUAGAAUUGCCUCAGAUAUCGCCAAUGGAAUGCAACACUUGGAAAGUAAACUGGCAAGUCACACCCUAACUUAUUGAGGGCAUUGCAAUUCUGAAGUUUUGAAUGUCGUAUUCAGUGUCAUCGUGUAUUAUGAUAAUUGAAACGAAAAUUUACUGAAUGAAUGAAAGAACGAGCGAACGAGCGAACAAAUGAAUGAAUGAAUGAACGAACGAAACCUUUGUUUAAGGGUUUAGUUGUUCAUCUUUUGUGUUGCCAUUUACAUUAACUUUGACCAGAAUCUACAAAUUAAACCAAUGAUAAAUACAAAACUCUUAAAAUGUCCCAGAAUUUUCAAAAAUAAUUAGCAGUUGAGCUACGAGCUGAGCUGUAUGAAAUGUUAAAGUCAUGAAAAAUAGUUUAAAAAACAACAUGUGACUCAUAAACUUCAGUCUUUGCAGCUGUUACAAAUUAUGUGGAAUCCACCCGGCUGCGCAUGCCCUACGAAUUGAAACGAGUGGACUUGGCCUGGGAUUACAGAGAAUGGCCGUCACCCAGUUGGUCAAAUUAAACAAUUUAAAUAAGCCUUUAUUUGUAAACUGUGUGAAGGAAUUACGCUUCUAAGAGAGAUGAAGGUUUUUUUCUUUUAUUUUACUUUUGCAGUGUGUUCAUCGAGACCUAGCUGCUCGGAAUAUACUUGUGGGGAAGAAACUUAUUGCAAAAGUGGCGGACUUUGGAAUGGCACGAGAUGUCUCAAAAGAUGGCGAGUACAUUAAAACCACUGAGGUACUAUGACACUAAAAUGAAAAAUGAAAAAGCAAAGAAACAAACAACCAAAAAGGAAAAAAUAAACAAAAAAGCAAACAAACAAAUAGACGCAGAAAAAACGAACAAACAAACAAAUGCCAGAUACCUUUGUCUGCCGCUACACGGCCAUCUUAAGCAGUGGGAAUUAAUCAUUGCAUUAUUUCUGUCUUAACGUAGUGAAUGAACAUUCU